AUGGGUGCAGAAAAGGCGAAGAUCAUCGGCGAUUCGAACCUAGUACUAAGUCAAUUGCAAGGAAGCUUUGCUGUGAAGAAAGCAACCCUGGCACCAUAUCGGACAGCUUCUGAAAGGCUAAUUAAUUCUUUCAAGCAAGUUAUGUUGGAACAUAUUCCAAGGGUUACUAAUAGAUAUGCUGAUACGUUGACUACUUUGGGAUCGAAGCUUUCAUUUGUUGAAGAACAACCCAACAGUGCCGUGAUCAAGAAAGACAUGCCAGUGAUCGAAGCAAUAGCUCAUGAGCAGCCGCUGGAAGAAGGUGACUGGCGGAAACUUGUGAAGGAGAAGAUAAGUAAGGGAAACGACAUCAAGGAAUUAAAAGAUUAUGCUAUCAUCUUUGGGGAACUGUACAAAUGCCUUCCAGGAGGUAUUUUAACCCGCUGCAUAGGGUCAGCAGAAGCAUGA